AUGGUAACUGUGCCAGACAUCGUUCAGAGUUGUAUCGUCCAGUUCAGCUCCUUAAUUGCUUCGGAUGGUCUCACUAAACAUGUCCUCGAAGUUCCCCUGCAAGCUUGGAGGGACGAACUCGGUCGAUUACGAGUAUGGGCAGGCAAUGUCGCUCAAGGGACCGGACAAUCUUCUUUGGAUUAUCGCCUGAGGGAUGCAUCUCACAUAAAAGUCCAGAUCCUGUCGCUCCUGGGGAGGGUCAAAGAGCUGCUCUUAGACCUCACAGAGGUCCUAGAGGAAGAUGCCGAUGCUGAGAAUCAAUAUCCAUACGCAGGGGCUGAAGGUCCUGGAGACUACCCAGAGAAUGACGAUAGCAUAACGGAGGUUCAGCAGAUCCAUCAAGGCAUCCUCGAAACAAUCACCCAGCUCUACCAGAUGUCCAUGAUGAUUCGCCAGCCAGUUCGUCACGACCGGCUGUUUGGAACACGCAGAGUGGACGCCGAGCCAUUUGUAUUCUGGGCUGGGCAGCAUGUCUCCAAUAAAUAUCCCCACGCAGAUGAGGUAAUGAUCAAUCGACUCAGUUUCAUGAUGGCGCGACAAAAAGCCAUCUUGAAAUAUCGCGAAAGACACCAUGCGAAACGGAGCCAGGGCGUUGAUCCAGAAAGUAUGGAAUCGACUAUGCCGCCCGGAACGAUUGUUAACGAUGCAUAUAAAGAGACCAAUCAACCAGACGAUACGGGCUCUGACCUUGGUACAUCCGAAACCUCAUUCAGUGGCACCUUAUUCGAGGGAGUAAUCGGAGAGACGAGAACACCACCGAUACCCGAAAAAGGGCGCGGGAAAAGCCCGUUCGGAUGUCCGUAUUGCUUCUACACCAUAACUGUUCGGGAUGAGCAAGCAUGGCUACAGCAUGUUCUGUCUGACUUGAUGCCUUAUGUGUGCGUCUUCCCCGAGUGUUCGACGCCAAAUAGGCUAUACGGAAGUUGUCAGCAGUGGUACGCUCACAUUCAGGAAACGCAUCCAAUCGCUGAUACUUCCUACCAAUGCGCCAUUUGCAAGCAUACACACCUCCCUUCUGUCGGGUUUCAGCAGCAUGUCGCUGGGCAUUUACAGGAGCUUGCCCUCUUUUACCUGCCACAGGCCAAGUUAACAAAGGGAAAAUUAACGGGAGAGACGGAGGAUGAGGAGAAGUUAACGAAGAAAAUGUCUGGGGAGGAUCCUCGAAAGCCGUGCGGGGUCUCGGAGACGUCCCAGCAGAUUGCCCUCAAGGAAGCUGCGGUUGAAGAAUGGAAGCUCGAGCAAGAACACAUGGAGAAGAAGGAAGAGGAGAAUGAGCGUAUCCUUAAGAAAAAGAGAGAAGAGAGGGGGGAAACAGAAAAAGAAAAAGAAAAGACUACGUGGACUAAGGUCCGUCGUAAACAUCUGAUGCCAGACACAUUGAUUGCAUAUAAUUUGCCUUGGGAUUGGGAUGAGCACAACACCAACUACAUUAUCAUCAAACAGUGCAUAACCGAGGAGUUGCAGGAAGAGCUCUUCGCCCACACUCGACGUAUACGCGAGGCAAAACUUGCUCAAACAUCCGACCCCAUGGCCCUGGCCGGGUUGAAGGUCAAUGACCGCAGUAAGGAAAAGAUGAUGCUGGCCCGGAAGAAGAGCCCUAGUCGUCGAUCUUGGAUAUUUGAAUAG